AUGACAAUUGCUUGGAUACUUCCACUCUUUAGAGAUAAUUUUAGGGUACUUAAGCCGGCAUAUCGCAGUUUAAAUAAUUUUUCAAGGACAAUUAAGACUUCUUCCGUUCUUUAUAAUGAAUCUUCUUACUCGAACCAAAAUUCUGAGGAUCUAGGCCCUCCAAUAAGGAGACCUAGGAAAUACCUUGACAUGAAGACAUUCAGAAAGUUCCUGAAGCAGCAAAAGACUUUAGACAUCGAAAAUGAGAAGAGAAUAAUAAGUAAAGCACACUCUAAACCGCCUCCAGAUGGUUGGAGUAUUGUUGAUUUUCUCAAGGCGAUUGAUAUUGGUGAUGGAGCUGAAUCUAUUGCAGAGACUUUUGAGUCAUGGAACGAAUUUAUCUCAUCAACACUUGAGGAACUGUAUACGAACACUUCCAUGACCAAUAAGCAAAGGCGAAAAAUCUUUAAAUACAUCACACUAUAUAAUCACGGCUUGUGGCCCAAUGACGAUCCGAUGGAUUAUGUUAAGGCGUUUCAAGCACCGCCUCUGUCGAAUGAGGGGAAGCCUUGGGAUGAAGAAGCUGAUAAAGAACUUCUGAGACUCGCAGAGUAUUACAACGUUGAUUUUGGAGACCCUUGGAUUUAUAUUUCCUGGGACAUGCAGAGAACAAUAGAGGACGUUCAGGACAGAUAUACCGAAAUCGUCCUAAAACCCAAAUACAAAUCGGAUAAAUGCGACUUUGGAAUAACUAGCUGUCAUGAACCGCUUCUUAUGAACCGCAAGUUUAAGAUGGACCCUCCUUUCCUGUACAUUAUACCAUCGGAGGAGAAUUUUCCACUAACUGAAAUACAAUUGGGAAACGGAGAUGUGAUAAAAGAGCCUAAGGAGGUGUUCUCUGAUAAAUUUCUCAAGUAUAGAAACCCAUCAAUUUUCUAA